GUUGAUCAAGCCAUUGCAUUGGCCUUCAGGCAGCACAGGAAAAGCAAUUAUGUUCGAAUUCAGCAGGCAACUGGUGUUGGACUCAGAAGCCCAAAGUGCACCAAGACCGUCAACAGCAAUACAAAGAAGAUGAGGAUUGAAGAGAUGCUCUGUCAAAGAAACAAUGAAUCUGUGCUCUUCCAUGGGAGAAAACUAUCAAAGGAGACCAAUGCCGAGAUGCUGGAAGGAUUGGCGGUAGAACUCAUCAAAGAGCAGGACAAUAGAAGCAAAUCUUCCGUCCCCACCGUAUUUAUCAAGCAGGCAUUGACUCCUCGGACUUCGUCCGCCACCACCGCUACC